GUUCCUGCUACGCACACACUCUCAGUCACUUCUCCAGACACACAUAAACAACACAACGCUGAUGGCGACGACGGAACUCGGUGUGCUCUAUAAGGACUUGGUACAAUCAUUCAGCGCACGGCCAGCUGACCUCAAGAAGUGCGGUGUCCUUCUGAGCAAGCUGAAGAUUGGCCUGAUAUCGGCGGGCCUGCUGGUUCCACAACCAGACGCUCUUCUGGAGGACCUGGUGGUUGCGCGUGAAAUCCUUGAAAUUGGUGCAUUCUGGAGUAUUCGUACGAAAGACAUCCCAUCUUUUGACCGUUAUUUCUCCCAACUUCAAACAUUCUACAAUGACUUCAGCUCAGUACUUCCUCCAUCUCCUCGUGAAUUCCCUCUACGCGGCCUGAACCUCAUUCGUCUCCUCACGCAAAACCGCAUUGCCGACUUCCACACAACACUUGAAUCCCUGCCACUGCCCGCCGACUCUCUGACAUCCAAUCCAUUCAUUAGCCACCCGAUCAACCUCGAAAGAUGGCUCAUGGAGGGAAGCUAUAGCAAGGUGUGGAAUGCGCGUGAGGAGGCGCCUGCGGAGGAGUACAAGUUCUUCGUGGAUUCACUCAUGGGCACCAUCAGGAAUGAAAUCGCGAGCUGCGAAGAAACUGCAUAUGAUAGUCUGCCUAUCAAGGAUGCUGGCACUCUGCUCUUCUUCAACAGCCAAUCUGAGCUUGUGACAUUCGCACAGCAGCGAGGCUGGCAAGUGAAUUUGACCGAAGGUACUAUUACAUUCGCGAAGAAGGGUGAGGAGAAGGUAGAGAUCCCAAGAGAGAAGCUCAUCCAAGCCAAUCUUCAAUAUGCACGUGAACUAGAGCAGAUUGUGUAGUGUUAGACUGUAGAGUCCUAUUAGUUUCCCUGCCCGUUAUCACAUACCGGUCUUCUUAAGUUGCGAGG